AAAUAUUUCAAUGACUGCGUAAUGAAUUGUUAUAAGCCGUAUAAUUCUGACUAAACGUCACAACAAUAUAAUGUUCCUUAAACCUGCAUGAAAAGUUGCCGGGCGGGCGUAGAAAGGGGGAUUUGUUUGAGUCUAUGAGCCGUGAGCAUGUAUUGCCAACCGAAAGGGACGGAAAGCUAAAAAAAGGGGAACAUGGCGGUCGCUACGAACUCUUUCGAUAGUUGGCUCAGCAAGAAGUUACAGUCUUUAAAUACAGACGAAGGUGUUUUCGGAUCGUACAUCAAAGGAAUUUUAGAAGGUGACGAGACAGAGGAUGAGAAGACCGAAGCCCUUGAAGGCAUACUCGCGGGCAUAACGGAUGAAAACAUUAGUAAACAUGUGACAGAAAUUCUAAAGGCUUGGGCUGAGUGGCUGCCUAUCAAAGAAGAUACUACUCGAAAAGAGCCAGUGGAAGAUGUAGAUGUCAGAUUGGCACGAAUGCUGGAAUCUCAGUCUCUUCCUACCACUGCGCAAAAGAGUUAUACAGAGGAAGAAAGGAAAAUAAGGGAAGCUAUUCUGGCACAGUAUAGUCAAAUGUCAGAGGAAGAGAAUAGCGAAGGAGAUGGAGAAGAAGAUGGUGUAAGUGCUAGUGACUGUGGAAUUGAAAAGAAUACAAAUGUAACUAACAUUAUACAACAAGAGAAGGAAAAGAGAGAAAAGGCUAAAUUAGAAAGUCAGAAAAAGAAAGAGAAAGACAAAGAAGAUAGAGAGAAACAGAAACAGUUGAGAGAAGAGAAGAAGGAAAAGAGAAAGACUCAGAAAGGAGAACGAAGAAGGUAGCAUUGGGACAACAGGAUUUUAUGUCUUAAGUCGAGUUUUCAAAUAAUCAUAUACAUCUGCGUUUAUUCUUGUGUAUGCAAUGUUCUCCAACGGCUAUGUCAAUCGUGUACUAAUCCUUUAUUAGAGAUCGAUGUUUGUAGAAUGCAUAUCCCGAAAGAACAUAACUUAAAACAAUAUCUGGAAUAGCAAAAUGUACAUGACUUACUGAUUGUAAGUAAUACCGAUUAUAUCGUAGAUGAAAAGUAUUAAUUAUACCAUGUAUGUAUGUACGUAACAUUGCAUCCUGUGCCUUCUGCCUGUUAAAAAUUUCUGUCGAACGACUUGAUCUUUUCUAAAAAAUUAUUUUUCUACUUAUUCUUUUUGUGUAUAUAUAUAUGUAUAUAUAUACACAUUCAACUUUUUUAUCAUCUGUACUCCGGAUGUAUUCAGUUCAUGUCUCCAAUUUUUGUUUGGAAUAACAGUAAUCUGUCUGAAGCAAUAGAAAUAAUAUACUUCGAAUACAGAUACAUGAUUUAUAUUUAUCGUUACGCUUGGCGUACUACAUCUCUUUCAUUCUGUGGAUCACGUGUAUUUAAAACGAUUACAUUUAAAUAAAUCACUUAAACAUUCA